UCACGACGAGGGGCUCAUUUCAACAGGCAUCAGCACAGUCACGCUACCUCCUGCCGGCACUUCCACCUGGGUCCCCAAGCCCCGAUGUCCGCUGAUUUCCCCCUGCCCCACCCGGGCCAGUCCCAGCCGGGCAUGGCCCCCCACCUGCCCGCGGCCCACCAGCACGCCGCUCAGCUCCACCAGUCCCUUGCUCCCCUGCCGGGCCCGCAGCUCCAGGAGGUCCCGGGGCCCCCGUUCCUCACUCAGGCUUUCCAGCAGCAGUACCUCAUCCAGCAGCAGCUCCUGGAGGCCCACCACCGGAGGAUCCUCCCUCACUCCAGACGUGCCCAGGAGCGUGUGCCCCUGAACCCACACCGGCUGCGUGGAGGCUACGACUACAUCCCCUCGCUGCACCUCCCUCAGCCAAUCACGCAGCAGCCCCGCUACCUGGCAGAAGGCACUGACUGGGAUCUCAGUGUGGACACAAGCCUCUCUCACCACCAGUAUCACCUCCGACAGCUCCCCCAGCACUAUCAGCAUUACCUGGCAUCUCCCAGGUUGCAUCACUUCCCUAGGAAUACAUCUUCAGCACAGGUGGUUGUCCAUGAAAUCAGAAACUACCCCUACCCCCAGCUACACCUUUUGGCUCUUCAGAGUCUCAACCCUUCUCGUCAUGCGACUGCUGUUCGGGAGAGCUAUGAGGAGCUGCUCCAGCUGGAGGACCGGCUGGGCAGUGUGAAUCGAGGAGCGGUGCAGACCACCAUAGAGAGGUACACCUUCCCUCACAAAUACAAGAAGAGAAAGCCAGUGGACAUGAAGAUAUCAAUGGAUGAAGAGGAGUCGGACAUUGAUGAGAAAUGCACAAUUUGCCUAUCGAUGCUGGAAGACGGCGAGGAUGUGAGGAGGUUACCCUGCAUGCACCUCUUCCACCAGGCCUGUGUGGACCAAUGGCUGGCCACCAGCAGGAAGUGCCCCAUAUGUCGGGUGGACAUCGAGACCCAGCUGACGCCGGACAGCUGAUGCCCGCGGGAGCCUGGAGGUUCGGCCAGCCGCUCCUCACCCCCCUACCACACCCCCACCCCCCCGCCCCCACCUCCCUCAGGUCCUCCGCCAAACGUCUCCUGCCUUCACCUCCGCUUCCGACCCUGCCUUCCGGGCCGCCGAAGACCACUGGAGGAGAAGCUGCAGGCUCAAAAAGAGAAAAGCACACUCACAGAAAACAGAAGAGGAGGAGUACGAAGAGGGAAAGGGCUUUCGUCAUGGACUGGGA